CUUCAAUGCCAGCCAGAAUGCGGUGGCAGGCACUUAGAAGAUUCGGUCAAAAGCUGGUGCGUAGACGCAUGUUGGAGCCAGGCAUGGGCGACACCCGCCUUGCCAGAUGCCUAACCACCCUCGACUUAGUGGCCCUGGGUGUGGGCAGCACAUUGGGUGCAGGUGUGUAUGUCCUGGCUGGUGAGAUGACCAAAGAUAAAGCGGGGCCAUCCAUUGUGAUCUGCUUUUUGGUGGCUGCUUUUUCUUCUGUGUUGGCUGGACUGUGCUAUGCUGAGUUUGGUGCCUGGGUCCCCCGCUCUGGUUCUGCAUAUCUCUACAGUUAUGUUACUGUCGGUGAACUCUGGGCCUUCACCACCGGCUGGAACCUCAUCCUCUCCUACGUCAUUGGUACAGCCAGUGUGGCCCGGGCUUGGAGCUCUGCUUUUGACAAUCUGAUUGGGAACCACAUCUCUGAGACUCUGAAGGGGACCAUCUCACUGCAUGUACCCUGUGUUCUCGCAGAAUAUCCAGAUUUCUUUGCUUUGACCCUUGUGUUGCUGCUCACUGGAUUGUUGGCCCUGGGGGCGAGUGAAUCAGCCCUGGUUACCAAAGUGUUCACAGGGGCCAACCUCUUGGUUCUCGGGUUUGUCUUCAUCUCUGGCUUCGUUAUGGGAGACCCGAAGAACUGGAGCCUCACAAAAGAGGAUUAUUGCUUGACCAUGGGUGGACCCAAUGACACUUGUAGAUUAGAGAGCCUGGGCUCUGGAGGUUUCAUGCCUUUUGGCGUGGAAGGGAUGCUCCGUGGCGCUGCUACCUGUUUCUAUGCCUUCGUUGGUUUUGACUGUAUUGCAACCACUGGGGAAGAGGCUCAGAAUCCACAGCGCUCCAUCCCUAUGGGAUUGAUAGAGGCAGUGCCCACUUUUAACCUGCAGCGAGGUCAGUCCCUCUCUUCCAGGCGUAGUCCUCGCUGGACCCACAUCCACUCCCGGCGGCAGCAGCAGCGAGUGCAUGACGGAAGAGGCGAGAAGGACCGUCAGAACGCAGUGGUGAGUGAGAUGCGGGCGAGGUAG